AUGCUUUCACAAUCAUAAGUAAUAUAACUAAAGACUAAUUAUCACGAAGUAAGUUUAUAAACAGCAAAACCAAUAUAUGAAUAUUAAUUAGAAAUCGAAAACUCUACUCCAGAAAUGAUCUAAUCAGCUUUAAGAUAGUUUAGACCUUAAAUAUUAGAAAUGUUAGUAAAUUUUAUGAGUAUUGAUAACAAAAUUUACUCACCUAAAAUUGCAGAGGGAAUUGAAAAAGGAAGGCCAAAGACUUUGGGAGCCUUAUAAAAUAAUUAAGAAGCAUAACCAAUAGUAUCGAUUCAAAUCAUAGGUCGUUUGAAUGAAAAUCAUAUUAACAAAGCUUAAAUAAUUGCUAGAUUAAUAAAGUAGGUAGUUAAAAAUUAACUAUAAAUGGUUUCAGUAGGAAAAACAGGUAGUAAACUGUUUUGGACUUAAAGAGCGGCUAGAUAAUAAGAAAAUAACUUGGAGGUAUAUUUUUAAUAAAAGACUUAGAUUUGGCCAGGAGUUGAAUGCAUUUAUUAAUAAAGUGCAAUUUAAAAUUGUAAACCUAAAUUGAUAAUUGAUUGUGCAUUUAGAAUUCUAAGAUAUAGAAGUGUUUUAGAAGAAUUGAAUUAAUUUAGAAAUAAUCUUGAUAUCAUAAUUGGUUAGGUUGUGAUGACUACAUAUAAUAAAAAGUUUUAUUAGAUAUCAGGUUUAGAAUUAAAAAUGAGUCCAAGAUCAACAUUUUAAAAUUAAAAUGGUGAAGCAAUAACUUUUGAAUAGUAUUACAGUAGAAAGUACAAUUAAAAAAUUGACUUGAAUUAACCAUUGUUGAAAGCCAUAGUAAAAGGAAGAAGAGAUUAAAAUGAGAAAGAAAUUUUAUUAAUUCCUUCACUUUGUUAAAUGACUGGACUUACAGAUUAAAUGAGAAAUGUAAAUAAUAAAAUAUAAUUGAUUAGGAUUUUAAUGCAAUGAAAAAGAUAUCAGAAAUUACAAAACCAUCUGCAGAUGUUAGAAUGAAGACAGCAUAAGAUUUUAUAUAGUAACUUUAGAAUACAAAAAUAAUUAACAGAAAGGAUAAUACAUAAAAAGAUGUUUUAAAAGAAUGGGGUUUAGAAAUUUCGAAAGAGUGUGUUUAAACUUAAGCAUAUAGAUUAGAUCCUGGAAAUAUGUUAAUGGGAAGAGAUUUAAGAUUAAAUUUAGCAGAUAGCAGAACAAAUUUAGAUAGACAAACAUAAACUUAAAUGUUUUCAACACCUAAAUUAAAAUUAAUGUUAGGAGUAGUAUAUAAUAAAUCUUCAGGUGAAUAAGCAUUAAGAUCUUUUUUAGAGAAUUUUAAGUAGGCCUGUGAUGAAUUUCAGUUUAGUGCAUUUUAUUAGCCUAAAAUUAUUGAGAUGUAAUCAGAUAGAGAAGAGGAAUUAGAAAGAUUAUUAUAAGAUCUUCAAGUUUUUGCUGAAUAAAAUAGAGCCAAAGUUAAUUUUUUGGUAUUUUUAUUACCAGGUUAAAAGAAGAAAGCAAGACUAUAUAAAGCUAGUAAAAGAAUUUCAAUGGCUAAAUUUGGAUGUGCUUCUUAAGUAAUAAUAGAAAGAACUUUAAGUAAAAAUACAAGAUCUAUAGUAAAUAAGAUUUUGAUUUAAUUAAAUGCAAAGAUUGGAGGAACUCCAUGGGCAUUAGAUGGUAUACCUAGUAUGUUUUCAGAUAAACCUACUAUGAUAUGUGGAGUUGACAUUUUUACUAAAUCUGGAAGAAAAAGUUAAUUAGCAUUUUGUAGCACCAUUAAUAGAAAUUUUAGUAGAUAUUAUUCUUAAGUUGUGACAUCAGGAGAAUUUAGUUCACAUUUAUAAUAAUGUUUAAAGGCAGCUAUGUUGGCUUUUAAAUAAGAGUUAUAGAUUUAUCCAAAAAAUGUGAUCAUAUAUAGAGAUGGUGUAGGAGAUGGUUAAUAAACAGCAGUGUUAGGAUCAGAAUUACCAUAAUAUUAAUCAGCAAUAAAAGAAUUAGAGUUGGAUGAUGUUAAAUUAACUUUAGUUAUCUGUAAUAAAAGAGUUUCUGCAAAAUUCUAUACAGCAUAAGGAAGAGCAGAUAAUCCACCACCUGGUACUAUAAUAGAUAAUAAAAAUAUAACUAAUGAGGAUGCAAUUAAAUUUUAUCUAAUAUCUCAAUUGAGUAGAUAAGGAACAGUUACUCCAACUCUAUAUAAAGUUCUUUAUUCAGAUAUAAAGGGUAUUUAUAUUAAUAAUAUUAUAAGAUGUUGCAGAAAGUAUUAAAAUUAUGACAUUUAAAUUAUGUUGGUUAUUUUAUAAUUUUACUGGAUCUAUUAAAAUACCAGCACCAGUUCGUUAUGCACAUUGUCUCUGUAAUUUUAUUGGAGAUAAUUAUGAUGAUAAAGAUAAAAUAAAAUUCCUACCACAAUCAGAUUUAAUUUAUUAAAAAGUGCUAUUUUAUAUUUGA